GGGCUGGGCGUGGCACCGCCCCGCGCUCCGCUGCCAGGGGCAUGAGGGAGGAAUGGUUGCUUCACGCCCCGGGGGAAGAGACGGGAAGCUCGGCUCUGGGUUGCGGACCCCGGCGUCUCCGCGUGGGGCGCACCGUCCGAGCCGCCCCUCCCGGUGUGCGGCGCCCCGCACCGCCCCGCCUCGCCUGGGAGAAGCCGCCGGGACGCGCCGGGCUGGAGUGGGCGGUUAUAGGCUUUGAGCUAGGCCGUUUCCGGGAGGCGGAGCUCAGACCCCAUUUCCUUUCUCCACGUCCAGGUCAGGUGGCGUUUGCUGUGGCGGCUAGGCCCGCGUGCGCUGGAGACCUCCGCGCUGGCCCCCGCGAGCCUCCUGCCCUGGCCCGGCGCUGCGGCUCUGCCGCGGCGGCAGCAUGGGUGGCCCCCGGGGCGCGGGCUGGGUGGCGGCGGGCCUGCUGCUCGGCGCGGGCGCCUGCUACUGCAUUUACAGGCUGACCCGGGGUCGGCGGCGGGGCGACCGCGAGCUCGGGAUACGCUCUUCGAAGUCCGCAGGUGCCCUGGAAGAAGGGACGUCAGAGGGUCAGUUGUGCAGGCGCUCGGCCCGGCCUCAGAGGGGAGGUACCUGGGAGUCACAGUGGUCCAAGACCUCGCAGCCUGAAGACUUAACUGAUGGUUCAUAUGAUGAUGUUCUAAAUGCUGAACAACUUCAGAAACUCCUUUACCUGCUGGAGUCAACUGAGGAUCCUGUAAUUAUUGAAAGAGCUUUGAUUACUUUGGGUAACAAUGCAGCCUUUUCAGUUAACCAAGCUAUUAUUCGUGAAUUGGGUGGUAUUCCAAUUGUUGCGAACAAAAUCAACCAUUCCAACCAGAGUAUUAAAGAGAAAGCUUUAAAUGCACUAAAUAACCUGAGUGUGAAUGUUGAAAAUCAAAUCAAGAUAAAGAUAUACAUCAGUCAAGUAUGUGAGGAUGUCUUCUCUGGUCCUCUGAACUCUGCUGUGCAGCUGGCCGGACUGAGAUUGUUGACAAACAUGACUGUUACCAAUGACCACCAGCACAUGCUUCACAGUUACAUUACAGACCUGUUCCAGGUGUUACUUACUGGAAAUGGAAACACAAAGGUGCAAGUUUUGAAACUGCUUUUGAAUUUGUCUGAAAAUCCAGCCAUGACAGAAGGACUUCUCCGUGCCCAAGUGGAUUCAUCAUUCCUUUCCCUUUAUGACAGCCACGUAGCAAAGGAGAUUCUUCUUCGAGUACUUACACUAUUUCAGAAUAUAAAGAACUGCCUCAAAAUAGAAGGCCAUUUAGCUGUGCAGCCUACUUUCACUGAAGGUUCAUUGUUUUUCCUGUUACAUGGAGAAGAAUGUGCCCAGAAAAUAAGAGCUUUAGCUGAUCACCAUGAUGCAGAGGUGAAGGAAAAGGUUGUAACAAUAAUACCCAAAAUCUGAUUGGUCAUAUUUUUCCAAAGAGUAAUGCAGUCUGGAUAUAAACGUAUUUUCUGUCUUCCUUAUAAGGGGAUUCUCCCAGCUGCUGAAUUUAAACAGUAAAUAUCACAUUUUGUCAUUAACACAGCUAUAACUUGCCGUGGUUCUCAGAUUUAUUUUGGACUAUUUUGAUGCCAAGUGAGUAUAAGAGCUUGUACUGAAACCAUUUAUUUCUUUCUAUUUUGCUAUUUGCAAAUGCUUGUUAUCUUCCCUACAUGAAGUGGCAGUAACCUUUUUCACAUUUAAGCUACCCUUCUACCUUUUGAAGUGAUUUGCAGUUACUCAUCUGAGACAGCAUCAGUAUUUGACUAAAUCAUUGUUUCACAACUGAAUAGUCUUGUUCUUUUAGUAGCAAUGAAAUCCUAAGCUCUUGAGGCCAUUCACCUGCCAACCUGACCAUACUGCUUUCAAAAGUCUUUUCUCAUCAGUAGAAUCUAUUUUGGUCACUUCUAGUCAAUGAAAAAUGUAAACUUUUAGGAGAGAAUGUUUCCUAGGACUCACCCACUCCAUUCAAUGUUACAUAUAAAAUAGUGUGAUCAAUCACAAUGUCCAUCUUUAGACAGUUGGUUAAAUAAAUUAUCUGGUCUUUGAAAAGACCGUGCUGGGCGCGGUGGCUCUUGCCUGUAAUCCCAGCACUUUGGGAGUCUGAGGCGGGCAGAUCACCUGAGAUCGGGAGUUUGAGACCAAGCCUGACCAAUAUGGAGAGACCCUGUCUCUACUAAGAAUACAAAAUUUGGUAUUACAUGGUGGUGCAUGCCUGUAAUCCCAGCUACUUGGGAGGCUGAGGCAGGAGAAUUGCUUGAACCCGGGAGGCAGAGGUUGCAGUGAGCUGAGAUAGCGCCAUUGCACUCCAGCCUGGGCAAUAAGAGCAAAACUCUGUCUCAAAAAAAAAAAAAAAAAAAUGAUGGAGCUCCGAAUGUGCUUAAGUGGAAAGAUACCUAUGAAAUAUGGUGGUUUUUUAAAACACAAAAAUUAUAGAAUAUGGGAUCCUGUGUGUGUGUGUGUGUGUGUGUUUGAAUGAAAAAUGCUUAUGUAUUGACAGAACACUUCUAGAAUGAUACCCAAACUCCUGGAGUGGGAGUGGGGAAUGCCUUCUACGUACACACUGUUCUACUGUUUGAAUUUUUUACUAUGAGCCCAAAUUGUAUAAUCUUUUUUUAAUAAAGGGGAGAAAAAUCA